CGUGACGGGUGCGCCGGGCGUUGGCUCCUCCCUCACCAAGAUGGCGUCCCUGCUGCAGUCGGAGCGGGUUCUCUAUCUCGUCCAAGGAGAAAAAAAGGUUCGGGCCCCGCUCUCACAGCUCUACUUCUGCCGCUACUGCAGUGAGCUUCGAUCGCUGGAAUGUGUGUCGCACGAGGUGGACUCACAUUAUUGUCCCAGCUGCUUAGAAAACAUGCCAUCAGCUGAAGCCAAAUUAAAAAAGAAUAGAUGUGCCAACUGCUUUGACUGUCCUGGAUGCAUGCACACCCUUUCUACCCGCGCAACAAGUAUCUCCACACAGCUUCCCGACGACCCAGCCAAAACUACCAUGAAGAAAGCCUAUUACUUGGCCUGUGGAUUUUGUCGAUGGACCUCUAGAGAUGUGGGCAUGGCAGACAAAUCUGUCGCUAGUGGUGGUUGGCAAGAACCAGAAAAUCCUCAUACACAACGAAUGAACAAGUUGAUUGAGUAUUACCAGCAGCUUGCUCAGAAGGAGAAGGUUGAACGAGAUCGCAAGAAGCUGGCACGGCGAAGAAAUUAUAUGCCUUUGGCUUUUUCGCAACACACUAUUCAUGUAGUGGACAAGUACAGUCUUGGGACCAGGCUUCAGCGACCACGAGCUGGUGCAUCCAUUAGUACACUUGCUGGACUUUCCCUUAGAGAAGGAGAAGACCAGAAAGAGGUAAAGAUUGAGCCGGCUCAGGCCGUCGCUGAAGUGGAGCCUCUGCCUGAAGACUAUUACACGCGACCAGUGAACUUAACAGAGGUGACCACCCUUCAGCAGCGCCUCUUACAACCCGACCUCCAGCCAGUCUCUGCUUCACAGCUUUAUCCUCGACACAAGCACCUUCUGAUCAAACGGUCCCUGCGCUGUCGGAAAUGUGAGCACAACUUGAGCAAGCCAGAAUUUAAUCCAACAUCUAUUAAAUUCAAAAUCCAGUUGGUUGCUGUCAAUUAUAUUCCAGAAGUGAGAAUCAUGUCAAUCCCUAACCUUCGCUACAUGAAGGAGAGCCAGGUCCUCUUGACUCUUACAAAUCCAGUGGAGAACCUCACCCAUGUGACUCUAUUGGAGUGUGAAGAGGGGGACCCUGAUAAUAUCAACAGCACUGCUAAGGUGGUGGUGCCUCCCAAAGAGCUCAUCUUAGCCGGCAAGGAUGCGGCAGCAGAGUAUGAUGAGCUGGCAGAGCCCCAGGACUUCCAGGAUGACCCUGACAUUGUAGCUUUCAGAAAAGCCAACAAAGUAGGCAUCUUCAUCAAAGUCACCCCACAGCGUGAGGAAGGGGAAGUGACCGUGUGCUUCAAGAUGAAACAUGAUUUUAGAAACCUGGCUGCCCCCAUCCGCCCAAUGGAAGAGAGUGACCAGGGCACAGAGGUCAUCUGGCUCACGCAGCAUGUGGAACUGAGCUUUGGCCCUCUUCUUCCUUAAAGCAAAGCGACCCCACCCACAGCUGUGUCAAUACAACUCUAACAGUGGAAGCUGCUGCUCCACCAGUCGUGUUUAUAAAGAUGUACCCGUCACUACUGAACCCUGUGGAGGGGAGGACAGGCCAGGGUUGGGAGCGCAGAGCAACUGCUGUUGACACCAUGAAACCAGUGUCUCUCUCUGACCCUUGCACGUUGAGUAACAGCAUAGCUCCUUCCCAGUAAAGGGGUGGCUGUUCCUCAGAGGAGCGUUAGAUUUACUCCCUAAGAAACGUGCCGUGUACCUGUCAGUUUGACAGUAAUCCGAGCAGACCUGGUCUUCGUGCCUCGGCAUUGGUCUCGGUGUUCCAACGGCUUUCUGCGUUCCACUAAGGAUAACCCUGUAAUGGUAACCCUUCGUAGACUUGGCUCUCACUUUGCCGCUGAUUUCCAUCUGACAGAGCAGUAGGACUGUCAGUGUGUCUUUAACUUUGUGAUGACUGGGCAACCUGUCACUUUCCUAAGGCACUUUGUUUCUUCCAAAGGAACACAGUAUACCUGUCACUUGCUUGUCAUUUUCCUCACUAAUAUAUGGGACUUUUAAGAAUUUGAGUGGCAAGUAAUUACAUGUCAUGAAAUUCUAUUUGUUUUAAUAUUACAAUACCCAGGGGCUAACGCUGCCAAGGGGAGACAGUUCUGUAUCUCACUAUCUGCCCUUCUCUGUUCUGUUUUCUGUUGGUUUGUUUUUCAGAUAGGCUCGCCGCUCCAUGUAACCCUCGCUGGCCUGCAACUUAGCCUGCUAGCAUUGCCACCAUGCCCAUGCCCUGUUCUGUAAACCAAGGGAUUGCUCUAACGUUGGGGCUUUUAGAGAGAGCAGGGAUGGGUGGUAUGGGCACUUUGCUGCAUCAUUUCUGGGAUACAGGAAACAUUUUAAACUGACUUUUUAGCAUGAUCCAAACUAAUGUUCUUUCCACUGAAUUGAAGGACAAAUCAACUGUCAAUCCCUUAAAUUCAAAACGGGACACAAAGAAAAAGAACCUUUCCCUUCAUGACUUCUAGUGCUGUAUGAAGUGAAACCAUUUUGAUUGUAAGCCAUAGAAGUUCAGCAAGUAACCAGGAUGCCAGUCUAACUCUAGACUUGAUGCUGUUCUCAAAUACUAACAUUGAGUUGCAAACCUUAAUUUCUGUGACGUGUUGUAAAUCAGAGCUGACAGUAGACCAGCUGCACUUCUCCUUGACGUACUCCUAGUGUGUGGCCAACAGGCCUUGGAAGAAAACGGUCCUGUUUACAGACCCUGCUUUGGUUUUCAUUUUAAGUCGGCCGGGUUUUGUUUUGUAUUAAGGAAUGUAUAGUCUGUACUACAGAUAGAAAAUAGUAUUUGUUUGUUCUACUUAAGAGAAGCUGCUUGGGAAGCUAUUGAAAGACACUUUGUUCUUUAAAGAUCCUAAAAUCAAGCCAAUUUCAAAACAAUAUUCCCAGAGAGUAAUAUAUGUACUAGAGUAAAAGAAGAAAAUACUGAUCUAAUACAAUGAGAACAAUAACUAAUGUUUGCCUCUUAGAAGCUGGAGCUGAAGCUUGGGUAAUUGCAAGUUUCAGACUAUAGGAAAAGCAAUUUUCUGUAAUUCCACAAAGCCUCAAGUUAAUGCCUACUAAGAGACCACUGUUCAGUAUCUUCUGGCGGGGCAGGGCAUCCAAGUGCAGAUGGCCUCAGUUGUCUACAUAAUUGUGGAGCCUGGCACAGCUACCUGCCUGCCUUUAUGCAGCGGCACUGAUACUUAGUCCCUAGGGAAACAGUGGAGGGACAGGGCUCUUUACUCCUGGGGCACAAACACUUGGGGGUUUGUUCUUGUUUUUUUCAAGAAGUCAGGUUAACUUACAAAUACCAGCUGUUGGCUGUUUCAAGGUAAGUCUAGUGCAAGCAGGGCUUGUUUGUGUUCUUAGAAAAGGUUCAACACUUGGUGGUGAAUUAGGAAUUGUGACUGUCACCCUUUUUGUAUUAGAUCAGGUGCAGGGUUCUUAUUACUAGUCACUGUGCACCAAGACAGAGUCAAGCAUCCUUAGCACUUGAAAGUACAAUUUUGGAUGCUUAAAGCUAAGUUACUUUGGGCUUGUGAGUUGAUUCACACUCAAAUUUCUCUUUUGUUCCAAACACGUUAUAGGCAAACUACACUAAACGCCCGUGCACCGUUGUAAUGAGCAUCCUUCCUGGUCCCUCUGCGGGAUGAGAGGCACUCCUUGACUUAGGAAUAACAGGUUACUGUUUUGCCUUAUUGCUUAAUGUAGUGAAAUAAAGCAGACAAAGCUCGUG